AUGAUGGGCUCCGUGCUCCCGGCUGAGGCCCUGGUGCUCAAGACAGGGCUGAAGGCGCCGGGGCUGGCGCUGGCAGAGGUCAUCACCUCCGACAUCCUGCACAGCUUCCUGUACGGCCGCUGGCGCAACGUGCUGGGCGAGCAGCUCUUCGAAGACAAGAGCCACCACGCCAGCCCCAAGACAGCCUUCACCGCCGAGGUCCUGGCGCAGUCCUUCUCGGGCGAGGUUCAGAAGCUGUCCAGCCUGGUGCUGCCGGCCGAGGUGAUCAUCGCGCAGAGCUCCAUCCCCGGCGAGGGCCUCGGCAUCUUCUCCAAGACGUGGAUCAAGGCGGGCACCGAGAUGGGCCCCUUCACCGGCCGCGUCAUCGCCCCGGAGCACGUGGACAUAUGCAAGAACAACAACCUCAUGUGGGAGGUGUUCAACGAGGAUGGCACGGUGCGCUACUUCAUCGACGCCAGCCAGGAGGACCACCGAAGCUGGAUGACCUACAUCAAAUGCGCACGUAAUGAGCAGGAGCAGAACCUGGAGGUGGUCCAGAUUGGUACCAGCAUCUUCUACAAAGCCAUUGAGAUGAUCCCUCCAGACCAGGAGCUGCUGGUGUGGUAUGGAAACUCACACAACACCUUCCUGGGGAUCCCUGGUGUGCCCGGGCUGGAGGAGGAGCAGAAAAAGAACAAGCAUGAGGACUUCCACCCGGCGGACCCGGCGGCGGGCACCUCGGGCCGCAUGCGCUGCGUCAUCUGCCACCGCGGCUUCAACUCGCGCAGCAACCUGCGCUCGCACAUGCGCAUCCACACGCUGGACAAGCCCUUCGUGUGCCGCUUCUGCAACCGCCGCUUCAGCCAGUCGUCCACGCUGCGCAACCACGUGCGCCUGCACACGGGCGAGCGCCCCUACAAGUGCCAGGUGUGCCAGAGCGCCUACUCGCAGCUGGCCGGCCUGCGCGCCCACCAGAAGAGCGCGCGCCACCGGCCGCCCAGCGCCGCUCUGCAGGCCCACUCGCCCGCGCUGCCCGCGCCGCACGCGCACGCGCCCGCGCUCGCCGCCGCCGCCGCCGCUGCCGCCGCCGCGCACCACCUGCCGGCCAUGGUGCUGUGA